AUGACGGGAGCUGUAGUCUCCUUCAGGCCUGCCCGCAGCGCCCCAUUCGCGGCUCCUCCGAAGCGGUGCAUCCUGGGAGUUGUAGUUCCUUCCCGCAGUCACGAACACCACCGCCCCAUUCGCGGCUCCUUGGAAGCGGUGCAUCCUGGGAGUUGUAGUUCGUUCCCUCAGUCACGGACACCACCGCCUCCAUCCUUCUCCCCCUUAAUCCUCCUACUUCCGCCCGCCUGGAGCGCCCUUUCCCGGUGCAUGACGGGACUUGUAGUCUCCUUCCGGCCUGCCUCCACCGCCCCGUUCGCGGCUCCUCGGAAGCGGUGCAUCCUGGGAAUUAUAGUUCGCUCCCUCAGUCACGAACACCACCGCCACCAUCCUUCUCCUCUUAAUCCUCCUACUUCCGCCCGCCGCCGACUCGCCCGCCUAGAGCUCCCGUUCCCGGUGCAUGACGGGACUUGUAGUCUCCUUCCGACCUGCCUCCAACGCCCCAUUCGCGGCUCCUCGGAAGCGGUGCAUCCUGGGAAUUGGCAGUUCUCGCGAGAGUUUGGAGUCACGUGGUGGCGGCGGCGGCCGCGGCGACGACGGGGCUCGGCUCGGGGGCGGGCCAAGGCCAGUUCUCGCGAGAGUUUGGGGGUCACGUGGCCGCGGCGGUUGAGGCGGCGCUUUGGUCGUCGACUGGAAGUGAUGGCGCGGCCCGGCGGCCUCGUGGACCGAAAGCUGAAGCAUCGGAUCGUCCAGUACUUAAGCAAUCACAGAUGUGACAAAUAUGUGGACAUGGGAGUCUUAGCAGCUGAUUUGCAAAGAAUGUACAGUGUAGACUAUGGUAGAAGAAAAAGAAAUGCCUUUCGAAUUCAAGUAGAAAAAGUGUUCAGCAUUGUCAACAGUGAGAGAGAACCUGAAGGCCUAACAAGGUUGGAAGAUGAGCAUUUGGCAAAAAGAGCAAAGCAAGCACUUGAGAAUAAUGAGUGCAUUGAAAGCUAUUCAGGUGAAGACUCAGACGUUGAAGAUUUUCCAGAUCAUCCGUCCAGAAAUCACAUGAACAACUCUCUACUGUCCUUGUACCGGAAAGGAAAUGUAGAUUCUGUUCCAGCAACAUCUGUGACUGAGCCCGCAGCCAGCAACGCCCCAACAUCAUUGGCCACCCCUAAAAUAAACUCCUCCCUGCCAAAGAUCCCUGCUUUUACCAAGGUCUCUGAAGGUGGAUGGUUCAUUGACAGAACCCCAGGUGGAAAAGAAGACAAUUUCUUUGAUCUUUCAGAGGAGGAUGGAGGUGAUCAUAAAAAGUUGACUUCUGAGAGAGAAAGGAGAAAAAAAGGCAGGCUGAAGAAAGGGAAAAGAAGGCAGGAAACCCUUCAGGAAGUGGAUGGAGAAAUAGAAGAUGUUUUGCGAAAGAAAGCUAAAUCCACAGGACCACAGCUGCAGAUCUCGGCUUUGAAGUUUGAAGAUGUGGGAGGCAAUGAUGCAACCCUGAAGGAAGUAUGCAAGAUGCUGAUCCAUAUGCGUCAUCCUGAAGUAUACCUCCAUUUGGGUGUGGUUCCACCUAGGGGAUUUCUUUUGCAUGGACCACCAGGGUGUGGAAAAACAUUACUUGCACAGGCAGUUGCUGGGGAACUUGACUUGCCAAUUCUCAAAAUAGCUGCUACGGAGAUUGUAUCUGGAGUAUCUGGAGAAUCUGAACAGAAGCUGAGAGAGCUCUUUGAACAAGCUGUGUCAAGUGCACCAUGUAUCCUGUUUAUUGAUGAGAUUGAUGCUAUCACUCCGAAAAGAGAAGUUGCUUCAAAAGAUAUGGAAAGGAGAAUUGUAGCCCAGCUUCUAACCUGCAUGGAUGACCUGAAUAGCUUGGCUGCUACUGCUCAGGUCCUGGUCAUUGGGGCGACAAACAGACCGGACUCACUGGACCCUGCACUGAGACGAGCUGGAAGGUUUGACCGCGAAAUUUGCCUAGGAAUUCCAGAUGAGGCGUCUAGGGAAAGAAUUCUUCAGACAUUGUGCAGAAAGCUGAAGCUCCCUCAGUCUUUCGAUUUUCACCACUUAGCCCACCAGACACCGGGCUAUGUUGGUGCUGACCUUAUGGCACUGUGUCGGGAAGCAGCUAUGUGUGCUGUGAACAGAGUCCUAAUAAAGGUCGGGGAGCAGAAGGGGCAGCAUUUACAGGCAGGAGGUUCAUCUUAUGAAGGAGACCUGGCUGAGUUGAUGGAAACUGAGGAGGGGGUCAAGAAGCCACAGCUUUCUGUACAGGAUGAAUUACAAAAGCUGCUGGAGCUGCUAAAGGAGCAAGGCCCCCUCCUCGAGGAACAGCUGCAAAUGCUGUGCAUUGAGAUGAAUGAUUUCACUGUUGCUCUGUCCUCCGUUCAGCCUUCUGCCAAGAGAGAAGGUUUUGUCACUGUCCCCAAUGUGACAUGGGCAGAUAUUGGGGCUCUAGAAGAUAUCCGUGAGGAACUCACUAUGGCCAUAUUGGCUCCAGUGCGUAACCCAGAGCAGUUUAAAGCCCUUGGGUUACUGGCCCCCGCUGGGAUCCUUCUUGCUGGUCCACCUGGCUGUGGUAAAACCCUACUAGCAAAGGCAGUGGCAAAUGAGUCUGGACUGAAUUUCAUUUCUGUGAAAGGUCCUGAGUUACUAAAUAUGUACGUUGGUGAGAGCGAGCGAGCUGUGAGACAGGUUUUCCAGCGAGCCAGGAACUCUGCACCCUGUGUGAUAUUCUUUGAUGAAGUGGAUGCCUUGUGCCCUCGACGGUCAGACCGAGAGUCAGGUGCUAGUGUCCGAGUGGUGAAUCAGCUGCUUACAGAGAUGGAUGGCCUGGAGACACGGCAGCAGGUUUUCAUUAUGGCAGCCACAAACCGGCCAGAUAUUAUUGAUCCAGCUAUCCUUCGUCCUGGCCGCCUGGAUAAAACACUUUUUGUGGGCUUACCGCCUCCUGCAGAUCGUUUUGCCAUCCUAAGAACCAUCACAAAAAAUGGUACCAGACCCCCACUGGAUAUCGGUGUGAGCCUUGAAGAGAUUGCUUAUGAUCCACGCUGUGAUUGCUAUACAGGGGCCGAUCUCUCCGCUCUAAUUCGGGAAGCUUCUGUCUGUGCCCUGAAGCAGGAAAUGGCAAGCCAGAAGAGCGGGAAUGUUAAAGGAGAAAUCAAGAUUGGCCAAAAGCAUUUUCAGGAAGCUUUUAAGAAAGUAAAAUCUUCAGUAUCAAAAAAGGAUCAAGUGAUGUAUGAAGCCCUGCGGCAGUCCCUGAGCCGGUGAUAUCCAAGACCAGGUGAUCUCCAAAGGAAAGCUGUGACAUUGUUCCAUCAGGCAGGACAGGCGAGGAGACCCCCGGCACCAUCUGGGCUGGGGACACCCCUUCCCUCUUCCCUCUUCCUAGCCCCAGGCCCCCAGGGGAGUAUCUUGACACCCAACGAUGAGAGCCAACUGCAGCCGAAGCUUCCUCUGGGAGCCAAGCAGAACCUCCUGCACAAGCAGGCCACCGUUUCACUUUUGCGCAAAGUAAAAACUGAACUGAAAGCAACCCCUUCUGAGGUUUUUAGAUUUUGUUUUCGUUUCAGGCCUCUAGCAGUACCCAAAGGAGUGAGAGAGUCCGUUCGAAGUGAGUAGGCUGCAUACCUCAGGAAGGCCGGGCCAUGGCUUCUAAAAUGGUCAGGUGUAAGCAGACCGGUAGGUCACGUAGGGGUGGUGGGUUGCUGUGGGGUGGAUACAAACUUAGCAACCCUUCAGAGGAGCCAGCGGGCAUUCCUGAAUUGGGCAUCUCACCUGCAAGAUGGUUGCACUUUUCUGGGAGCGAAAGAGCAGGACGGCAGAGGGGUGAUGGCCUGUUGGGGCCUCCCUGAAGCUCUCUGCUCAGUGGCCCAACCCCUGAGAUCUGCCAACAUACUGGGUGGGUGUAAUAUAUACCUGAUCAGCCGGACUUGGCUAGGAAACAGCUUGAAAAAGGUUUUGUGUGUUCUGGGCAUGAUGAGAACAUGUCAACUCUGCCCAGAAUAUGGAGAAAGAGGGAGGGAGCUUGAAGAAGAGUCGAGGAGUGGGUGCUCUUUGGGUAACAUGGUCCUGGCUGAGACGAAGUUUCUUCUCCUGACUGUGCCCAGGCAGAACCCGAAGAGAACUAAAGCUCCUCUCUCCCUCUAGAAAGCACACAAUAAAGAGUCACAUUAAACAGUG